AGUAAAUGAAGAAAUGUACGAACAAAAUCUCUAUGAAGCUGCACUUGAUGAAGAGGAAGAUGCGGAAGAUGAAGAGCAAGAUGCAGUAGAAAUGGGUGAGCAAAAUCAACAUUAUAAUGGGGAAGAACCAGGUGGUCAUCAAGCAGUACGACAUCGAAAAGUCCUCCCUGACCAUCAAAAAUAUGCUGCUUAUGUAGCUAUGCAUUCACUUUGCAUGAAAAAUGGAGGAAAGUUCGACAAGAAUGACAAGAAACAUGUUGCUGCAUUUUUUCAAUCGGACAUCCAAGUUAUGCAAAGAAUAUGGAGACUGGCUAUGAAGCAAAUAGCUGAUGGGUUGGAAGUGGAUGUUUCUAGCAAAAGGAAAGGAAGGUGUGGGAGGAAACCAAAGAAUAUCGAUAUGUCCAUUGUUCCUAGUAUACCUCUAAAUCAAAGGUCAACUAUCAGAUCACUAGCUUGGCAGUUGGGAGUCAGCCCUAGUACAUUAUUCACAAGAUUCAAAGCAAAGCACUUCAAGAGGAUCUCAAACUCUCUGAAGCCACUUCUAACACAAAAAAAUAUGUUGGCAAGACUCCAAUUUUGCCUCUCAAUGAUUGGUGAGACUAAGACAAAGAAAGGACACCCAAUUUUCAAAAGUAUGUACAAUUAUGUACAUAUAGAUGAAAAGUGGUUUAAUCUCACCAAGAAAAACAGAAAGUAUUACCUCCUACCAGAAGAGGAGGAACCUUUGAGAGCAGUCACAAACAAACAGUGCAUUGGUAAGGUCAUGUUUCUCACAGCAGUUGCAAGACCAAGAUUCGAUAGUGCAAAGAAUGUAAUAUUUUCUGGUAAGAUUGGUGUAUGGCCAUUUGUUAAGCAAUUGCCAGCGCAAAGGAAAAGCGAUAAUCGGCCUAAAGGGACCCUAGAGACUAAGUCAAUCAAGGUCACUAGGGAUGUUAUGAGGGAGUUCCUAAUAGAUAAGGUGCUGCCAGCAAUGCGAGAUGCUUGGCCUGCAGAAGAUGCUGGACAGACUAUCUUUGUACAGCAAGAUAACGCCAAGCCACACAUACUACCUAACGAUCAAGAAUUCCAAGAUGCUGUAUCUAAAAUUGGAAUGGACAUCCAGCUAGUGCAGCAGCCAGCGAAUAGCCCAGAUUUGAAUGUUAAUGAUCUAGGGUUCUUCAACUCCAUAGAAUCUCUAACAGACCGCAGAAGCCCUAGAACACUAAAUGACCUCAUUCGUGAUGUGCAGGAAGAGUUUGCUGCAUAUGAUGCACCUACCUUGAAUAGAAUUUUCAUAUCUCUUCAAACUUGUAUGACUGAAGUAUUGAACAAUAGUGGAGGCAAUGGGUAUAACAUCCCUCAUGUGGGCAAGUUAUCGUUAGAAGCCCAAAAUCUGCUACCUACCAGCAUUGCUUGUCCUGCUAUAGUUUAUGAAAAUGCCCUAAAGGCAUUAGCAAAGGCACUUCAAGCGGACGAAGAAGCAAAGCAAGAAGAUGCUAGAAAGAAAGAACAAGAAAAGAAAGCACGAGAAGAAGCGAAGCAAGAAGAUGCUAGAAAGAAAGAACAAGAAAAGAAAGCUCGAGAAGAAGCGAAGCAAGAAGAUGCUAGAAAGAAAGAACAAGAAAGGAAAGCACGAGAAGAAGCGAAGCAAGAAGAUGCUAGAAAGAAAGAACAAGAAAAGAAAGCUCGAGAAGAAGCGAAGCAAGAAGAUGCUAGAAAGAAAGAACAAGAAAGGAAAGCACGAGAAGAAGCGAAGCAAGAAGAUGCUAGAAAGAAAGAACAAGAAAAGAAAGCUCGAGAAGAAGCGAAGCAAGAAGAUGCUAGAAAGAAAGAACAAGAAAAGAAAGCACGAGAACAAGCGAAGCAAGAAGAUGCUAGAAAGAAAGAACAAGGAAAGAAAGCUCGAGAAGAAGCGAAGCAAGAAGAUGCUAGAAAGAAAGAGGAAGCAAAGAAAGCACGAGAAGAAGUGAAGCAAGACGAAGCUAGAAAGAAAGAGGAAGCAAAGAAAGCUCGAGAAGAAGCGAAGCAAGACGAAGCUAGAAAGAAAGAGGAAGCAAAGAAAGCAAGAGAAGAAGCAAAGAAAAGCAAUCAAUCUUGCAAGCGCAAGAGAGCAGAAGGAAAGCAAGCGCAAGAAGAGCAAGCAGAAGGAGUGAGAAAGCAGGCUCGCGCAAAAGAAAAUCAAGCAGAAAUAACUACAGCGGAAGAAAGCACAAGCACAAGUAAAAAGCUACUGGAAUUUGUUGCAAGCAAGCAAUGGAAGCAACCUAUUGGAAUUUGUACCUAUUGA